AUGAAUCGGCGUUCAAGGGAAGACAAGGAAGCGAAACAGAAGCCGCUUUUGAUAUUUUCAAUCGAUACGUUAUCGGCCCAAUCUGUCAUUCACGACCCCACGUAUAGAUCUGAUUACAGGAAGAUUCAAUAUCAUUCGCCAGUCGAUGAAUAUGUGCGUUUUAGAUGA